CUUAGUCAUUACUCUUUGGCAGGACUAGGUGGCAGCAUAUCAAAUACAUUCUACAAAUCCAACAAGAUGAGGCUUCCCGUCUUAUUUGGAAUCGUUUUGUUGAUGACAGACAUCGGCCAUUGUCAGUAUCCAUGUGUUCACCCUCCGUAUUGCAGCAGAGGACCGAUGGGACCUCCAGGAUUUCCAGGACUUCCUGGAUUAACUGGAAUGCAAGGACCUCCUGGACCAAGAGGAGAACAAGGACCACCUGGAGAAAGAGGACUAGCUGGUUUAAUGGGACCACAAGGACCGGCAGGAAAAACAGGACCACCUGGAGAAUCUCUCCCAGGACCGGCAGGACCACGAGGCCUACCGGGGGUACCUGGACUAAGAGGUCCAAUAGGGCUACCAGGAACAACUGGACCGGCAGGACCGAGAGGAAUGACAGGACGGGACGGGCCAGCAGGACCAGCAGGACCACCAGGAGCACCUGGACUGUCUGAAAUAGGACCACCGGGACCGGCAGGACCAGCUGGACCACCUGGGAAAACAGGCCCGGCUGGACCACAAGGGCCACCCGGAGAGCCAGGUGUUAGCUGCAGUUGUCCUGACAUCAAGGCCAUACAGCAGCAACUGACCAAGUUAGAGCUGGCUAUAACUUACAGCUUUGUCCGAAAGGUCGGUGAGAAAUACUUUGUGUCCGACAAGGAGAGACAGCGUUUCGAGAAGGCAGUGGAGUUCUGCUCCCAGCGAGGGUUGGAGUUGGCUUUACCUCAGAGCGAAGAGGAAAACAGUGCUCUGACUGAAGUGUUCGGCGACGCAUACAAAACCGUCUGGAUCAACGUCAACAAGGAAAAAGCACGGGGAAAUUUCACUCUUGAUGCGAAUAAUCGACCUCUGACCUUUACCAAAUGGGGAGCCGGGCAGCCAGAUUCGUCCGUCCAGGAUGUAGGCUGCACCAUGGUGUCAGAGAACGGCUUCUGGGAAGUGACAAAGAAAUGCUUCCUGUAUGCUUACGUUGUCUGUCAGAUCUAAACAAGUCUGUUUAACUGUAUACUGUUGUAGGUUCUGUCUUUUCCUCUGUCUCUUUUAAGUGCUGACACGCACAUGCUGCAGCUUACAUAACCAUGUCUGUGUCUGCCGGCAGUCAUACAUAAACAGACUGAAACUAUUUUAGACUAUCCGUUAGGGAGGGUACAGAUUGCAGAGAAAAAUAAAAAGCUAAACUUGUGCUUCAGUCUUUGCCCCACUUUGUUCUAUCCAUAAGGUGAGCUAAGUGUGACCCAGCGCUGGACGGUGAAUAUCACUCUGUAUCUGUUCCUUUUUUGUAUGACAUGUGUGGCUUGUAACAUGAUCAUUUUUCGGAAUUAAAGCCUGCUGUCAUAUAUAA